UGCAAAUGAAAAAUGUUCUUCACAUAAUCUAAUACCAGAUGUUUUGUAAUUCUAAAGCUCAGAGAAGAAAACAGCUAGCUCUGCUAUUUCAGAUCUUUCACAGAUCCUAAACUCUCAAGACUUUUUAAAGAAUUCAGAUUUUUUAAGGAAUUCAAAUAAAGAUUCAGCUGACAAAGACCUAUCCCAUAUAACUCCAUUAAAGACCCAAGAUGUGUCAUUAACAAGAUUAUUGUCAAACAAAGAGAUAGAAGAUUUACUGUCUGUAAACACAUCAUCGCUUCAAGGGAAGGAAACAGUGACAGCAUCAUUCAUUUUACCCCAUGUUACUAAAAGAAAGCCACUGGGUAGUGACAUCUCAAAGGCUACUGUUACAGAAGAGAAAUUACAAAGUAAGACUGAGAAACAAAGUUACCAAGAAGCAAGAGAAUUUCAAGUUCAGGAUGAUGUACCAGAUAAAAACCUUACACUUAAGCAUCAAGACAAGAAGUCAAAAACAGAAAUGCAAGUAAAGAAACAAAAAACUUCCCACAGUAAAACAUUCAUUACCUCUCUUUAUGAAGCUAAUGGCAACAUAACAGAAGAAAAUCCUGUGGUUGAGCCUCAAGAGUCAAUGUCAAAAACCCAAAUGCAAGUAAAGAAACAAAAAAUUGCUACAGAGGAAAAACUCACUACUCAUGGUAAAGUACCUGAAAAUCCUGCGAUUGAGCCUCAAGAGUCAAUGUCAAAAACCCAACUACUAGUAGAAAAACAAAGAGCUUCAAAAGGGAUAAGAUUCUAUGUUCAGGAUGAGGUACCAGAAGAAAAUCACUUGCCUGAGCAUCAAGACUCAAUGUCAGAAUCAGAAAUUGAAGUGGAGAAACAAAGAAAUCAUAAAGAAGAAAGACUUAAUACUCUCAAGGAAGUGCCAGAUGAAAAUCUUAAGCUGGAACAUAAAGACUCAGUGUCAAAAACCCAAGUACAAUUAGAAACACAAAAAAAUUCCAUGGAGGAAAGAAUCAGUGUGAAAAAUGAAGUAGUCUCAGAACUUCCAGAUACAGCAGAUCUUCCACCAGUUAAUCCAUCAAUUAGUGAUCUAAUACUUCAAUUCGAUUUAAACAAAGUCAUAGAAACUGAUAUAGAACAACUGAAAAACUCCACUGAAAGACAUAUAUUGGAGAAGGAAAAGAAGAUACAAUCAAAGAAUCUCCCUGACACUGAUAGAGAACACCUCAUAGAUACUAUUGGAAGAGGUAUAGUAAAGAGAGAAAUCAAAACAGAGUCAAAGAGCCAUCCUGGGACUAAUGUAGAACAUUUGACAGAUGCGAUGGGAAGAGGUAUCAAAAAGGGACAAUUCAAGACACAAUCAGAAGUUCUCCCUGAUACUGACAGAGAACACCUCGUAGAUACUAUUGGAAGAGAUAUAAGAAAGACAGAAAUCAAGACAGAGUCAAAGAGUCAUCCUGCCACUGAUAGAGAACACCUCCUAGGUCCUAUUGGAAGAGAUAUAAGAAAAAGAGGAAUCAAGACAGAGUCAAAGAGUCAUCCUGAGACUGAUGUAGGACACUUGCCAUAUAAUGUUGGAAGAGAAAAAGUAACUGAUAAAAUCAAGACACAACUUAAAAGUCACCCUGGUGUGAAUUUAUUAAAAAACAGAUAUAUGUCCCCACAACAUCAAGAAGAUUUUUUUACCAGUCACAUUGCACCACAUAAAUUCCUGACAAACGGGAUCCCUUUUUCAUUCUUUAACAAUCAAGGUAUGAAUUUAUUUAAAAACAAAAAUAUGUUUCCACAUCAUCAAGAUUUACUUACGAAGAACAUCACAACAAGUAAAUUCCCAACAAAAGUGAUCAAUAUAUCACCCUUUGACAACCUAGGAAGAUCUUAUUACAUUUCACCUCAUGCGACUGAAUCUCCAAAAGCAUAUCAUGGAACAUCUAGGGUUAGGCCAAUCAUUCAUAAAACCAUCAAGUUUCCUCCACUGAAUAAAGAACCUUCAGGGCAUCUAAAAAAUUCUAUCUCAAACAAAAAAAAAGUUGAACUUACUCUGCCUGCUUUGAUCUCUACAACUAAAAAACCUAUCCAUAAAGUGUCAUAGACUGCUGCCUGGAAAUCUCUACCCUACCAUAUUUUUGAGAAUAAAUGAAUUCUGAUCAAGAUAACAGCAAAUUCAUGGAGAUAGCAAUGAACAUUGCAAGUGUGGAAGCCUUGAAAAAAUAACACUGACUUGAAAGGAUGGUGCUUAUUGAACAAUAGUGGGCAAUGCCCUGGAUAAGUAGGGUAGGUCCAUAUCAUAGAGGAGCUUAAUUGGCAGCAGAAUUCUUCUUUACUAUCUGGAGCAGAUUUGAAACUCUAAGAUCAAACUCUUUUUGUUGCUGAUGUUAAGAAAGGAGCUCUAUAUUGAAGUUCCAGCUUGCUUCUAUUCACUAAUAUCCCUGUAAUAAUUUCUGGUGUGAUGUAAAAACAAUUAAAUAAACUUUGUUCUCUACAUGUU